AAUAAAGACCCUCUCAAAUGAAUACGUGUCGAUGCACGGUGUUCAGGGGUCGCAGAUCGACCAUAGAAUCCUAUGCAAUAAGUGGAACAAAUUAUCUGUCUGCUCUUAGGUUGAGCCGUAAGUUGUGUUGGGUGACGAACAGAAGGGAAGGAGAUGGCAGCUGUGAUCAUCCCACAGAAUUUGCCGGUCGGAUACAGAUUCCAUCCAACCGACGAGGAAUUCGUCCAUCAUUACUUGAAGAACCGAGUCCUAGGAUACGUAGACCGCCCCUGCGUUAUUCCCGACGUCGACAUCUGCAGGUGGGAUCCUUGGGAAUUACCACACAAGUUUCACGGUGAAUCAAUCAUUCCCCCGGAUGACAAAGUUCAGGAGUGGUGGUUCUUCUGCCUGCAAACACCCAAACAGGUUAGGAGAUCGACUCCAUCGGGCUUUUGGAAGAAGACUGGUGCUGACCGAAAUGUGAAGGACAGGGAUACGAACAGAGUGAUCGGUACUAAGAAAACGUUAGUGUUCCACAAAGGUCAGGGCUCUAAGGGCAUCAAUACGAAGUGGGUCAUCCAUGAAUUUCAUCUACCCGCCAAUGAAUUGAAUAGGAAUUAUGUUCUGUGUUGGUUGAAGCAUACACGAGAUGAGAAGGCUGAUAAUUCAACCAUAGAAUUAGCGCAUGGAGCCAUCAACCUGGCGGAUUUGGAUUCAGAUCUUCAUCAACCUGAUUAUGAGAACUCAUUUCUUGAGCCUUUGAUACAAGAAAUGUUGAAUUCACCGAUAGAGCCCUCAUUUCAGCCCGAGGACCGAAUUUCAUCUGACUUCCUGCCGCUGCUUCAGCCUGCCCGGCGAUCUCAGAAUAGCCUUCCCUCCAACAUAAAUCAGUUUAUGAAUAGUCCGUCUUUGAUGGACUUCUCAUUGGACUUCCCAUUGGAGAACCGAUUUCAGCCUGAUAACCGAGUUUCAUCUGACAUGCUGCAGCUGUUUCAUCCUGCCCGACAAUCACAAAAUAGCCUUCCCUCCAAUAGACAUCAGUUUAGGAAUACUGAGAAUCCGUCUUUUAUGCCCAUCUCAUGGGAGAACAGCAUUCCUGACGAAUCUAUCCAAUUGGAAUCCUUGUUCGGAACAAGUGAAGAGGAUGAAGAUUUCGGUAACAUGCUAAACGAUGAUCUUUUUGAAGAGGUUGAAGAUGUUGAGGUGCCAAGCGGAGAUUUAUUUUAUGACGACUUCUUCGACGGAGACCAAAUGCAAACAGGGUACUUGAUCCAAGCAAGGAUGGAUUCUCUGAUUGAGAGUAGUGAGAGGUCUGUUAUGGACUUCGCAUUGGACGAUGGCCUUACUGACGAAUAUAUUCAAUUGGUGUCCGAAACAAGUGAAGAGGAUGAAGAUGUUGGUUACCUGCUAAAUGGCGAUCUUGUUGAUGCUGACUUCUUCCAUGGAGACCAAAUGCAAACGCUGUAUGGCCAAACACCUAACUUGCAUAAUGAGUGUCCUGUUCUAAUGGAGAAUCGGCGUGCACAAACAAUGGACUCAAUCCAUGGUGUUGUUCCUCUUGAGGAAAAGAAAGGCCUGGUGGAGAAUAAGUUCAGCGGCUCACUUGUUGCCCUGAAGAAACCUAUGGCACCUCCUGUACGCGCUGCAGGUGUAAAAUAUUAUGGCAAAGAUGAAGUGCUGAGGUUCGGAAAGGUUAAGCAGGAAACUGCAGCCACAAGUAUCAAACCAGAAUACAUAUUUUUUGAUGAAACAGCAGCCAGAGCGAAGGAUGGCCAAAUAUCUGUAAUGGAGAGUCGUCAAACAAGAAUGAUUGGGUCACUCCAUGGUGUUGUUCCUCUUGAGCAAAAGAAAGGCAUCAUACAGAGUAAAGUCAACAGCUCACAUGCUUCCUCUGCCAAAUCUAUGGAGCUUCCGAAAAAGCCCAAGAUUCCAAGAAUGCCCGAGCCUCCAAGGAUGUACAUCAAUGAAGAACUGUGGCUCAGAAAGGUUAAGAAGCAAGAAAGUGCAUUGAGAAAUGUUAAAACAGAAUGUGUAUCUUUCGACAAAGCUGCAGCAACAGCAAAGGUAGUAAAAUACCAAGAGCACCGUUCAGCCAGUAAUUUACUAAGGAAGGCAAAGAUCAGGGAGAUUGAACAUGCUAGAGAGAAAGCAAAUUCAGUGACUGCGUUGACCAGACCAACCGCAAAGAGCACAAAAUGUUCCACAAAUCCUCCACGGCCUAAUCUUGUGAAUGUGCUCGUCGGGAUUUUCCUGCUGUUCGCCAUCAGUUGUCAAGUAUUCAAUUUAUGAUUCUCACUGAUAUAUUGCCCUGAGUGCAAUCCAGCAUCAUUAGCAACUGUAAUAAAGGAUUUUGUAUGCUAAACUCGAUGUGCGACUGCUCUGAAAUUUGCUUUCUUCAUUCUCUGUUGUGCAUAGUAAGGAAUCAACAUGCUGUCA